AUGGCCAUCCACCUACGACUGCACAACUCGGAGGCUGGCCCUUCGACCCCGUCCUCCUCGUUCGCAACGCCGGCAACGGAUGCUGAGAACACGCUGCGCCAGGUCGUGUCGCGCAUACGGAAUGGCAAGAAGGUCGUCGUCGUCUCUGGUGCAGGAGUGUCGACGGGGGCUGCUAUACCGGAUUUCCGCUCGGCGUCGGGUCUGUUCAACAGCAAGACAAAGGGCGGCCACUCUGUCCAAGACCUUUUCCACGUCCGAUGUUUGGGUUCACCUGCGCUCCUGGAGAGACACCACGAACUCAUAACAUCCCUUGCCUCCCUCGCCACCUCUGCCUCUCCGACGCCUUUCCACUCUUACCUAUCCACCAUCGCUGCCGAAGGCCGACUCUUACGGUGCUACACUCAGAACAUCGAUGGGCUUGAAGAUAAAGCGGGGCUCUCAGUUGGGAUACCUUCAGGAAAACGGAAAUCUCCCAAAAAGGCUUCUGCGCCAGAAGCUGCUGAGCCAGAGCACAAAGUCAUUCCUCUCCAUGGCCUCCUCUCCUCGGUCCACUGCACCCUCUGCAAAAUCUCAUCACCCCUCGCCGACCAUCUUCCCCUCCCUCCGACACCUCUCUCCUGUCCCGCCUGUGCCCUCGGCGAGUCGAUACGCGCUGCUCUGAACGAACGGUCCCGUCCUUCCGGACUUCUCCGCGCCAGUGUCGUACUUUACGGGGAAGAUCAUCCUGAAGGAGAAGCCAUAGGCAAAGUCGUCGCAAAAGAUUUGAAAGCCGUAGAUUGUUUGGUAGUAUGUGGGACGAGCCUAAGUGUGCCGGGGGUGAAGAGGGUGGUCAAAGAGAUGGCAAAGAGCGCCAAGUCCCGGGGCGGCGCAAAGGGCAGAGGAGAGAUCAGGACGGUUUUCGUGAAUGAUGAGCCGCCGAGUAAGGGGGCAGAGUGGGAGGGGUUGUUUGAUGUGUGGGUGCAGAGCGAUGUGCAGACGUUUGUGACGUCGUACCUCGCCAAUCCGGCAUAUCUCUCGACUGUGUCCAAGGGACCUCCUCGGAAGACGCCCGCGAAGGUUUCGCCGAAGAAGAUGCCUGCGGAAAAGACACCGAGUACGCCAAAGAAGACGAAAGAGACGAAAGACGGAUUACCCCCGACGCCAGUCUCGCUAGCAAAGGAGAGAGAGGUAUAUGUCGGACUUCCUCUUCGAACGACAAAAUCGACCCCAAAGAAACAUUCCCAUACCCCCUCAAUACCCCCAACUCCCACAUCUCUCGAAAAACCUUCCUCGCAUCCAUCCCCAUCUCACGGAGGUUAUACGACGCCUACAAAGAAACGUCCCGCGCGAGCUGGGCCUGAUACUCCAGAGACGCCUGGAGUGGAUGGGGAUGGGGAAGGUAUGGGAAUAAGGCCGGGAAAGAAGGUGAAAAGGGAAGAGAGGGACGGGUCGCCCUCACCGGCGCCUAGAGGUAGAGAAUCAUUGUCGCCGUGUUAG